UGUUCACUUUUUGUCUUCUAAAAUCACAUCCAUAAGUACUGUCAACACAAAUUUAAGCUAGUUUUUUCAUGCUGUAAAGAAUGGCUUUGACACCUGGAAAGGGAUUGUUCUUCCUAUCACUGGUGUUUAUAUGGGCUUGCCAAGUGACUUCCCGCACGCUCCAUGACGCUUCCAUGAUAGAGAGGCAUGAGCAAUGGAUUGCUGUUUAUGGACGCACUUAUAAGGACAAUGCAGAGAAGGAAAGGCGUUUCGAGAUAUUCAAGGACAAUGUUGAGUUCAUAGAAUCUUUCAACAGUGCUGGAAAUCGUUCUUACAAGGUGAGCAUCAAUGCAUUUGCAGAUCGAACUCACAAAGAAUUCCGGGCCUCUCGCAAUGGGUACAAACAGUCCUUCAAAAAUCGUUGGCCUGCAAGUGCAACGACACCAUUUAAGUUUGAAAAUGUGACUGCAGUGCCACCUAGUAUUGAUUGGAGAAAGAAAGGAGCCGUUACACCUAUUAAGGACCAAGGAGAAUGUGGAUGUUGCUGGGCAUUUUCAGCGGUUGCAGCCAUGGAAGGGAUUAACCAAAUUGCACAUAAGAAGUUGGUUUCUCUUUCAGAGCAAGAAUUAGUUGAUUGUGACACCAAAGGUGAAGACCAUGGAUGUGAAGGUGGUCUAAUGGAUGAGGCCUUUAAAUUUAUAAUGCAAAACAAAGGCCUAACAAGUGAAGCAAACUAUCCCUACAAGGAAGUGGAUGGAAGUUGCAACAGAAACAAGGAACAAUUCCCUGCCGCCAGGAUCACAGGCUAUGAAGAUGUGCCUGUCAACAAUGAGAAGGCACUGCUCAAUGCAGUGACCCAUCAACCGAUUUCUGUAGCAAUUGAUGCCAGUGGAGCAGCCAUGCAGUUUUACUCAAGUGGGAUAUUCACAGGAGAUUGUGGAACAGAGUUGGACCAUGGUGUUACUGCAGUUGGUUAUGGGAUCACAGCCCAAGGGACUAAGUAUUGGUUAGUAAAGAAUUCAUGGGGCACCAGUUGGGGUGAAGAUGGAUAUAUAAGAAUGGAAAGAGAUACUCGUGCCAAGGAAGGUCUAUGUGGUAUUGCCAAGGACCCUUCCUAUCCCACUGCUUGAAUAUUAGUGAAGGGUGAAUAAAUCUUAUUCUUGCAUUUAACUAGUUCUCGAUGCGUAUCUGAGUGGGACAUGUGCUACUUGUUUUAGUCCGAUGGUAAAUGCCAAUAUUGCUGUUGGUAUGUAGACAAAUUAAGUAGUGCAAUCUAGUAAUGGUAUACCAUUCUUUUUCUUUC